UCGCCGGCCGGCGUGCAGAAGACAGACAUGGCCAGCAUGAGAGCGCUAGGGUUGCUAAAGUCUCUCCCGCGGACAGCACUUCUAUCUAACUCUGCAGGGACGGGCAGCAGAUUGCACAGGUUUUUGUCCGUGUCAGCAGUCAUGUCCUCUCGAGUUCACAUCAAGUAUGAGGUGAAGGGAGACGUUGGGGUGAUUCGCUUCAACUCCCCAAACUCAAAGGUGAACACCUUAUCUCGGGAGGUUAAUGCCGAGAUGGGAGAAAUCCUGGAUCAGUUUCUGAAAGAUAAUAGUGUACGUAGCGCUGUUCUCAUCUCUGGAAAGCCUGGCUGCUUUAUAGCUGGUGCUGAUAUAGGAAUGUUGGAAGCAUGUAAGACAGCAGAUGAGGUGGAGAGUUUGUCAAGGAAUGGACAGGCGAUGUUAGCCAGGAUGGAGGCGAACCCCAAACCUAUCGUGGCUGCUAUCAUGGGCUCCUGUCUCGGGGGAGGAUUUGAGGUUGCCUUGGGGUGUCAUUACAGAAUAGCUGUCAAGACCAAGAGUACAGGGAUGGGCUUCCCGGAGGUGAUGUUAGGUUUACUGCCCGGAGCUGGCGGCACCCAGAGAACGCCCAAACUGACUGCCCUACCCACAGCCCUGGAUUUAUUGCUGACCGGGAGAACGAUUAAAGCUGACAGAGCCAAGAGGCUAGGACUGGUCGACCAACUGAUAGAUCCUAUUGGACCUGGUAUUAAAACUAGCGAAGAAAGAACCCUGGAAUAUUUGGAAGAAGUUGCCAUUCAGACUGCAAGAGGACUCGCUGAUGGAACCGUGAAGAAAGCACCCCGUACAAAAGGUUUACAAGACAAGAUCAUGGACUUUAUUCUGCAGUACCCUGCUGGGAAGAACUACGUGUUUGGGAAGGCUCGUCAGACGGUGAUGAAGCAGUCGGGAGGACUGUACCCAGCUCCACUCAAAAUCCUUGAUGUUGUGAGGACGGGUCUUGAGAAAGGAGAGAAGGCUGGUUAUGAGGCUGAAGCAGCGGGAUUUGGUCAAUUGGCAAUGACCAGUGAGUCCAAGGCUCUGAUUGGUCUAUACCAUGGGCAAACACACUGCAAGAAGAACCGGUUUGGAACACCACAGAAGGAAGUCAAGACGCUGGCCGUGUUAGGGGCAGGGCUGAUGGGUGCUGGCAUCGUUCAAGUGAGCAUUGACAAGGGCUACCAGGUGUUGAUGAAGGACAUGUCUGUACAGGGGCUGGCCAGAGGAGAAGAUCAGGUGGUCAAGGGGAUGACAACAGCUGUCAAGAAGAAGAAGAUAACUAGUUUUGAGAAAGACAAGAUCCUGGCCAAUAUGGACCCCACCCUGACCUAUGACAACUUCAACCAGGUGGACAUGGUGAUAGAGGCGGUGUUUGAAGAUCUGACCAUCAAACAUAAAGUGAUCGAGGAGGUGGAGAAGCACAUCCCAGAACAUUGUAUCUUUGCCUCAAACACGUCCGCCCUACCCAUUACACAGAUAGCCAAGGCCAGCAAGCGACCAGAGAAGGUCGUUGGCAUGCACUACUUCUCACCUGUGGACAAGAUGCAGCUGCUUGAAAUCAUCACUACAGACAAGACAUCGAAAGACACAGCAGCUUCGGCGGUGGCUGUGGGGCUGAAGCAAGGAAAGGUUGUGAUCACAGUGGGGGAUGGACCAGGUUUUUACACCACCAGGAUAUUGGCCCCCAUGAUGUCGGAAGCUGUCAGGCUGCUUCAGGAGGGCGUCAGCCCUAAAGACCUGGACAAACUGACCAAGAAGUUUGGGUUCCCAGUAGGGGCGGCGACCCUGGCGGAUGAGGUCGGUGUGGAUGUGGCUGCUCACGUGGCUGAGGACCUGGGGAAAGUGUUCGGGGCUAGGUUUGGAGGCUCAGACGCUGGGGUACUGAAGGAGAUGGUACAGCAUGGAUUUCUGGGUCGCAAAGCUGGCAAGGGUCUGUAUAUCUAUGACAAGAAUGUGAAAGAGAGGAUUGAAAACUCUGAGGCUUUGGCCAUUCUGGAGCGACACAAGAUAGAACCCAAGACACAGCAUACAGAAGAAGAGCUUCAGUUACGUCUGGCCAGUAGAUUUGUCAACGAAGCUGUCCUCUGCCUGCAAGAAGGCAUUCUACAUUCUCCCCUGGAUGGAGACAUUGGAGCUGUCUUUGGUCUUGGUUUUCCACCAUUCCUUGGAGGUCCCUUCCGGUAUCUUGACUUGCAUGGAGCUGACAGCCUGGUGAACCACAUGAAGAAAUUCCAGGAGCUGUACGGUGACCAGUUCAAGCCAUGUCAACUGUUACAGGACCACGCUAACGAUUCCAGUAAACGCUUUCAUAAGGCAGCUUGAGCAGAUGCUCCCCUAGGAUGUUCACAACACAGACAAUAGAGACGUCUUUAGCCCUGCUUCAACAUGUCAAAUCAAGACGGCAAUCUCACAUUUUAACCCACAAUAAUAUUGAUUUCAGGUAUUGCUGUAUAAAAGCUGAAUUUGUACAGAUGUAUAUAGUUCAUACUUGUCAGGUACUUGUCAAAAAAAAGACCUUCACAAUCAAAUUUUGGGUUUAUUUAUGUAAGUGUUUAUCAUCAGAACAAUUGAACAUGGCAGGAAUCGUGUGCCAGUCUUUCGUACUGAAGCAAGUCUGUAUCUUAUACCUGUUCAUAGGCUUGUUUACCCAAGCUAUUUAUGCAAAUGUAUAUUUUCUUUAUUGUCCAGCGUUCUCUCUUUCACAGGCAAAUUCAAUGUUGACUAUCAUUUGCAACCCUUUAAUAGCUAAACAAACAUCUUGCAUGCCUAGUCUAACUAGUUUAGUCUGACGGGGAGAACUCAGCGUUGUCGUCCUUCUCUGGAUUAUCUCCCUUGUGUCAUGUUACAUGCCUGUUAUGUUUGAGUAGCCUGUUUGUUGUUACUUGUUAAAAAGGUCAGGGGACAUCUUGAAGUGCUCAAAUUGAUAUUCAUUUUACAAGCCUGUCAGCAUUAGCCUCAGUGUGGGAAAGAAACACUUUGUGGACCUAAUUGAAGAAAAAAAAAUCAUGAGAUAUUCUUCAGCAUGAAGUCUCUGAUAAUAAUUCUGUUAAACAUCUUGUCAAAUAUUUCCAAUAUUUAGUGUCAAUAGGCUGAAAUAUUACUUAUAAAAUCACUGUUUGCUGCAUCCGAUAAGAUAGGCUCAAGUGUAUCUGGGAUCAUGCAGUGUGUGAGUGGGUUUGAAACUGCUGGUGUGGUACACAGAGUGUAGAAAUGUUUGUCUGAUAAUUGCAUUAAAUUUUGGAAAAUGAACAAUGCUAGUUACUUUUUAUAUUGUAUUAAUAAAUUAAAAAGCAUUGUUAAACAAAUGAACAGUUGUCACAUAUUUAUAUGUCUAAUAUAUCCGUAACUAUAUUGCAUUGUACUCGUGCUGUAAAAUUUUGACGUCAGACAAAAGACUGAUCUGGAGAAGUCACCAAAUGAUCUGGGGAGGUCACUAGACGAUCUGGAGAGGUUAA